ACUCUCCCUUCCAACGGGAAACAAGAUGGCGGCGGCGGGCCCGAGUACGCGGGCCUCUUCCGCGGCGGCCGCGGCCGCUCUGGGGCGGCGAGGCCGGCGGGGCCGCUGCGACGAGAUGGCGGCCGCCAAGCCCGGGGCCGCGGGCCCGGCGUCUGGGCCUGCGCUGCUGGUGUUACCGCCGCCGGUGCCGCCCGUGCCGCCGCCGCCCGCGGGCUGCGCCGGCUGCCUGGAGAGCCCGGGCGAAGCGGCGGCCCUGCCGUGCGGCCAUUCGCUGUGCAGGGGCUGCGCCCAGCGCGCCGCCGACGCCGCGGGCCCGGGCUGUCCGCGCUGCCGCGCCCGCGGCCCGGCCUGGAGCCGCCGUCGGGCCCGCGACGACGCCCCGGCCGCCGCCGAGGGGCCGAGCGAGCGCGCCCGCCGCGGCCAGCCCGAGCGCUGCCGCCCGCGCCGGGACGGGGGCGCGGCCGCGGCGAGGCCCAGGCCGGAGCCCGAGCCGCGCGCUGCGCCCGCGGAACCAGAGUUUAUCUUCAGAGCACCAAUCAAGCUAAGCAAGCCCGGGGACCUUCGUGAGGAGUAUGAAAACCUGAGAAAGCUCAGAGAAGAAAAGUUACAGGAGGAAAAAACCUCUGAAGAUCAAAUCUACAAGCCAUUACCAGAGGCUGCUGAAGCAGGGAAAAAGAAAACGGAAGAGCAGAGGAAAAGGGAUGAGUCCUCAGUCCCGAAAACAAAUCGAGAACAUUGUCCUGCACGGCUCUCAGACUCUGAGAAUGAAGAACCUUCUCAAGGCCAGAUGACGCAGACUCACCGCUCGGCGUUUGUUUCCAAGAACAAUUCCUACUCCUUAGCUUUCCUGACCGGGAAGCUGACCUGUAUGGCAGAGAGGAGCCAGAGCUGUGGCGACGCCACUCAGGACAGAACCAAGGGCAGACUCAGGGUGGCUGCAGCCAGCAAGGCUAAGGUCACAACUAUAACCCCAGCUUCCAACCCCAUCAUCGGUGUCCUCCUGUCCACCCAGAACAACCGCUGCCUCUCGGCGCCAGACUUGACUGUGGAAAAGCGUCUGCCCUUCAGCUCCCUCUCCUCCCUGGCACCCCUGCAUAAGCCAGAGCGCUCCAUCAGCCCCGAGAGCAACGACAGCAUCUCGGAGGAACUCAACCACUUCAAGCCCAUCGUCUGCUCCCCGUGUACCCCUCCCAAGAGGCUCCCUGAUGGCCGUGUGCUCAGCCCCCUCAUCAUUAAGUCAACGCCCCGCAACCUCACCAGGAGCUUGCAGAAGCAGACCACGUACGAGGCCAGCCCACGCGUCCUCAGGAAGUGGGAGCAGAUCUUCCAGGAGCGGCAGAUCAAAAAGACCCUUUCGAAAGCCACCCUCACCUCCCUGGUUCCUGAAACGGCGGAAGAAUCACCAGGGUCGGAAGUUAACCAUCCUGGCAGGGAGAUGCUUCAGCUGGCAGCAGAUCCCGCCCUGUCUGCAGAGCGAGCAUCAGCCGAGUGUCCCGGCCUUGUCCCUCACAUUGGCCAAACAAAAGCAGAGCAGGAUGGUGCAGGACAAAGGAGCCCUGUGGAAACCUCCUGUUGCUCAGAACUCAGAGCAGGGGCUGGUGGGAAUGUGCUGGACAGGGGAUGGUGUGAGGGGUCCAGGACCACCCCCGAAGCCAAAGCAGACAUGAUGGGUGUAAGCACGGCCCUGAGAGUCUCAGGGGUGAACUCAGUGCUCCCAAAACACAGUCUUGUGGGCGCAGCCCUCAGACCCAACAAGCAGCUGAAUCCUCUGAAGCCCUCUGACCUGGCUAACGGCAUCCUAACAGAAGGCCUGGGUGAGGAGCCACCGCCUUCCUCGCGUCGGGGCCGGAAGCGACACUGCAAGACCAAACAUCUGGAGCACAAUGGCUCCCUGAAGAAAUUGAGACCCACCACAAUGACGGUGGGGGCAGGGGGCGAGGUGAGCCCUGCUCCUACAGAACCCACAGAGCCCAUGCUGCGGGCCUCAAUGGAGCAGAAGGCACGGCAGGUGGAGGAGGACCGCCAGCUGGCCUUGCACCUGCAGCGCGUGUUCGACAGCGAGCGACGGACCGUGAGCCGGCGUAAAGGAAGCACUGACCAGUACCUCCUGCGCUCCAGCAGUGUGGCCGGGGCCAAGUAGCACUCAGCAAGUUGUGUGACCUGCAACUCAGAGCUCUUUGGCCUCCAAUUAUGUCUGCACAAGAACUGAGUGUUCUCAGUUAGGGUUUCUCUUGAUGGCAAAGCACUAAGGUGGUUUGGUAUGGUGCCGGGCCCCUUCGUGGUUCAUGUCCCAAGGGAUCUGCUUCUCUGUGUCUUUGUCAUCCAGCCUCCUGAGUGACCCACCCACCCCUGAGGGCUUCUGGGCCAAAUCUGGCAGCCUCACCUGACAUGAGAAGGCUGGCCUUGUUUAGGUGGGUAAGUGGCCAGCGUUGCAAAUGGUAGAGGAGAGAGGGGAAUACCUUUUGAGAUGGGUAGGCCUUCUGACUCCUUCGAGCAGGGUGCUGGUUUAAAUCGGGUUUUCAGAGGGAAAUUCACCCUCUUUUCCAAGAAGCAGCACAGCUCCUCAGCAGAUCCAGAAUGAGAUGGCCUUUGUUGCUGUCCCCUACCUUCCCCCCCUGUGGCCAACACCAGUCCCCACCCAAGUUAGGGGAGCAUGUUGCCUCCACCCACAUGAGAGAAGACCAUGCAGUUCACGCUGUGUGCUUGGUUGAGCCGGGCUUCACAGAGGCCGGCUGGCUGACUGACUGGCUGGGUCCUCCAGAGGGAUCUCGUGGGCCAGAGCCAUUAGCCCAAACUCUGGGAUGGAACUACAGCACAGGUGUUCGGGUCCUCUCAGCUGCCAGGGGACAGAACCCAGCCUCAGUGCUGGGUCUCCUGACAACAAAUCCCAUGGAUUUUCUACACUGAGAGGUUGCCCAAUCGGUUAUGCCUGGGGCACACCCCAAGAAAGCUGGCUGGGCCCUAUACAUCCAUGGCGCAGGCUCUGGGGUGGAUGAGUCCAGUGGAGGAGAUGGAGGGACACAGAUGGCACUCUCCUCUCCUCUCCGCCCACAGCUCACAGCCCGUUUCCCUUGGGGCCCCAGCCUGUGAGACAUGCUAUGAUGGGGGCUUCAGAGUGUUUCCCUCAGGGCCCAUGGUCCUCGAUGAGGCUGAUGUCAGGCCCUAGCAACCCAUCCUGAGGCCAGGUGAGAAAUAAGGCUGAACCGCCUCCAUGCUGUGGAAACAAGGUUAUCUAGCUGGAUGCAGCUGGUAGAUUGAGUCCCAUGGACCUGCGGGGUUUCUUGUCCUUAGCAGCUGACACCGUGUGUCUUUUGCAUCCCUGGUGGUGCUUGGUGCUUCUGCCCAUCUGGGCUCAUUGAGAAAUAGGGAUUAUGAGAUGAUUUCUGGGAAUCUCAGAUGGGCUGGCAUUCCUGUGUAUAUAUGAACUGUCACUAUAAAAUCACAUGACUGGCAUUUUCACAGACUUGUGUCCCAGUGUGUGCUGUCCUCCUUGAGUAGCCUCUUCAGGAUACCGCAUCGUUUUCCCAGUGUUGAAACCAUAGCUGAGAGCAUUACUGGAACUGUCUUCAGUGUCUAGAAACUUCUAGAAACGUAGACUCCUAACAGGCUCUGCCUGGAAGGGCCCUCAGUGGCCAUCUGUUCCAGCUGCCGCCUCUUACUAAGGAAGAGGCUGGGGUCUAGGCCUCUGACACACUGGUCACUACAGCACCACCUUCUUUUGGUUCCUCUCAGAUUUGCCCUCCGUCUGUCUUCUCAGGGUAGAGCUUGAAUCUUUUGGGGUUUGCAGGAGGGAGAAGUUGAAGCUUGAAGCUCUCCAGAAGCUCUCGAAGUCUCUGGGAAGGGGAAGUCUGGAGCCCCAGAUGGUGCAGCUGCAGAGCAGGCCUGGCUGCCCCGUGUGUCUUAGAGCUCCCAGAGAAAUGUUCGCAAGGUCUCAGGCAUGUGAUGUGGAGUCCCGUUAGUGACUGCUUGGGUGAGGAACAAAUGUUGCUUAUCAAAAUCUAUGUAUUUUUGUGUG